AUGACGACGUCGUUUGGGGCCGCGCAAGCAGCAGUAGCGAGCGAUCCGAAGGUUCAAAUUCAGAGGUUUUACGGAUUGAGGUCUUCGCAUUUCCUGCUACUGAACAAGAUCCCCAGGCGUGUCUUCCCGUCUUUACCUCCUAAUCGUCUCGUCGUCAGAGCUGUUUCUACGCCAGUCAAGCCAGGUACUUCAGCCGAGCCUAAGCGUAGCAAAGUUGAGAUUUUCAAAGAACAAAGUAACUUCAUUAGAUACCCUCUUAACGAGGAGCUUCUAACUGAUGCCCCAAAUAUAAAUGAGCCUGCCACACAAUUGAUCAAGUUCCAUGGAAGCUACCAACAGACCAACAGGGAUGAACGUGGUUCGAAGUCCUACUCAUUUAUGCUUCGUACUAAGAAUCCUUGUGGAAAGGUUUCGAACGAACUCUACUUGGCCAUGGAUGAUCUUGCCGAUCAGUUUGGAAUUGGGACACUUCGUUUGACUACCAGACAAACAUUUCAGCUCCAUGGAGUCUUGAAAAAGGACCUGAAGACGGUAAUGAGUACCAUUAUUAGAAACAUGGGUUCAACCCUUGGUGCAUGUGGGGAUCUCAACAGAAAUGUUCUUGCUCCAGCUGCUCCACUUGCUAGAAAAGAUUACCUUUUUGCACAGGAGACUGCGGAAAAUAUUGCUGCCCUCCUAACUCCUCAGUCUGGUUUUUAUUAUGACAUGUGGGUGGAUGGAGAGAGAAUUAUGUCAGCAGAACCUCCUGAAGUUGUCAGGGCCCGCAAUGAUAAUUCUCAUGGGACAAAUUUCCCUGAUUCUCCAGAGCCUAUUUAUGGAACUCAGUUCUUGCCGAGGAAAUUUAAAGUUGCUGUUACUGUGCCAACAGAUAACUCAGUGGACAUUCUCACAAACGACAUCGGUGUCGUCGUUGUUUCGGAUGAUGAUGGCCAGCCUCUGGGCUUCAACCUUUAUGUUGGCGGUGGUAUGGGAAGAACACAUAGAGUAGAAACAACAUUUCCUCGUCUGGCAGAGCCAUUGGGUUAUGUUCCAAAGGAGGAUAUAUUAUAUGCUGUGAAAGCUAUUGUUGUUACACAACGAGAAAAUGGGAGAAGGGACGACCGUAAGUAUAGUAGAAUGAAAUAUUUGCUCAGCUCAUGGGGAAUUGAGAAGUUUAGAACUGUUGUUGAACAGUAUUAUGGAAGGAAGUUUGAGCCUUGCCGUGAAUUGCCUGAAUGGGAGUUUAAGAGUUAUUUGGGAUGGCACGAGCAGGGAGACGGUCGUUUGUUUUGUGGGCUCCAUGUUGAUAAUGGUCGCAUUAAAGGGACAAUGAAAAAGACAUUAAGGGAAGUUAUUGAGAAAUAUAAGUUGAAUGUGCGUAUCACACCUAACCAGAACCUUGUCCUGUGUGAUAUUCGUCGAGCAUGGAAGCGCCCCAUCACCACAACUCUUGCACAAGUUGGCUUGUUGGAUCCUAGGUUUGUAGAUCCCCUCAACAUAACUGCUAUGGCAUGCCCAGCUUUGCCACUUUGCCCUCUUGCUAUAACUGAAGCUGAGCGUGGAAUACCUGACAUUCUUAAGCGGGUUCGCUCUGUAUUUGACAAGGUUGGUCUUAAAUAUAAUGAAGCUAUAGUGAUACGGAUAACUGGUUGCCCCAAUGGGUGUGCUAGACCCUACAUGGCCGAACUUGGAUUUGUGGGUGAUGGUCCCAAUAGUUAUCAGCUUUGGCUUGGGGGAACACCCAAUCAAAUGUCGUUGGCAAAAUGUUUUAUGAACAAGGUUAAGAUUCAAGAGCUUGAGAAAGUUAUGGAACCAUUAUUUUACCAUUGGAAGAAGAAGCGGCAGUCAAAAGAAUCAUUUGGCGACUUCACAAACCGCCUGGGAUUUGAAAAACUCCAGGAAUAUGUAGAUAAAUGGGAAGGUCUACCGGAGUCAUCGAAUCGAUACAACUUGAAGGUCUUUACUGAUAGAGAGACAUACAAUCGUGUGGAUGAACUUGCAAAGCUCCAAGACAAGACUGCUCAUCAAUUAGCUAUGGAUGUCAUUCGCAAUUUCGUCGCUUCCCAACAAAAUGGCAAAAGUGAGUAAGGUGAGAAAGAGUUAAACUCAUCUCGCUUUCUUUUACCCGGUACUAUUCAGUAACAGCUGAAACACGUGGCGACCGGGUUUUUUUUUUGGCACUCUUUGUAGCUAGUUUUAAGUUUUUGACAAGGUAUGGAAUUUGUGUUCUGUAUGCUUAGAUUGUACGAGUAUUUCCAUUUUUUAUUUUUUUUUUCUUUCUAGAACUGAAACUGAAGUUAUGGAUCAUCCAAGAGGUUUUUGUUUGCUUCUCAAA